AUGACGAUAACACUAUUCGCCUGGAAAAGGUGGCUGAUACAAAUACAAUAUACCUCCAAAACACCCCUCUCUCUCUCUACCCUCUUUCUUCCCCUCUCUCUCUCCCUCUCCCUCCCACUCUCUCCUUCCUCCCACUAUUUUUUCUCUCUCUUUCUCACACACACGCACAUAAAUAUCCUCCAUCUUGUUUUUAUUUCUCUUACACUGUCCCACGCCACUUUCUCUCUUUUUGUCCUUUUCAUUGUUUCAUUCAUAUCUUCUUUCUUUCUAUUUUUUUCUUUAACAUUCUUCAUUCUGACGUUUAUUAUCGAGUUCAUUUCUUCUGAUAUUCUUUUUUACAAACUUUUUCCUUCACAUUUACAAUUUUUCCUCUUUUAUUUUAUUUUCAUUUCUUUCCUUUCUCAAAUAUUUCUUCUUACUUUUCCUUCAUUUUCAGGCCUCAUCCUUUCGUUUUUCAUAGAUUUAUACUUCUUUAUCCUGCGUUUGUUUAUUUACAUAUUUAUACUUCAUUAUACUUCUUUAUGUAUAUAUCUAUUUAUUUAUACGUGUAUUUAUUUAUUUAUACUUAUUUACUCUUUUUUUAAUUAUAACUUCGUCGGUCUCUUUCUCAUCCUAUCUCUGUUAUUAUUCAUUCAUCUGCUUUAUUUUCUUUCUAUAGUGAAAUAUAUCCCGUUUUUAUUUUAUUUCAUAUUUUUCAAAGAUAUGCUUUUCUAUCUUUUAUUUAUUAGCCUCGCUCUUCUUUAUUUGUUUCUUUAUUUAUUUAUUUUUUUGCAUUUCAAAACUUUUCUCGCUUUUAUUCUUGCGUAA